AUGGUUUUAAUCAACGGUGUUAAAUAUGCAUGUGAAAGAUGUAUAAGAGGCCAUAGAGUUACAACAUGUACGCAUACAGAUCAACCAUUAAUGAUGAUUAAACCAAAAGGUAGACCAUCUACUACAUGCGAUCUAUGUAAAGAACUUCGAAAAAAUAAAAAAGCUUUGAUAAAUUCACCAAAUGCAAUCUGUACCUGUGGUAGGCUAGAGAAGAAAAGACAACAGCAAAAGCUUAAAGAAGAAGCUAAAGCAAAGGCAAAGGCUUUAGCAAAGGAACAGAAAAGGGAAAAGAGUAGAAAUGGCUUAAUUUCAAGUAGUGAAAGAAAAAAGAAAAUAAAUUCAUCAAAUGCAUCUUCUAUUUCAAAUCUAUCAAACAUGAUAAAAGCAGAGGGAAGACUAUCAGAAUUAUCACUUCUGAGUGGUAAUGGAAUGUUACCAACACAGCAUAGUUUUACAAAUAUACAUCCAAAUUCAAGUGGUUAUGCCUUCAGCGAUGUUAGUAGUACGAAUUCUCCUCCAUCUUCAAUUGAUGGUAGAAGCAAUUACGGAACAAAUCCGAUAGCAAUGAGUAGAAACAUAUCGGAAUCCUCAAACUUUUUACCAAAUGCAAGUAGUUUCCUUGAUUCAGGUCAUAACAUUGCAUCUCCUACAAGUGGAAAAAUUACAAAGGAUUAUCAUAGAGUGGCUUCAAUAGCCUCAUUAUCUUCUCUCCAUUCCCAACAGUCCUUAGAACAAAGCUUUUCUCCACAGAGUCCAAUACAUAACUCAUUGAAUUUUGUAGGCGGUUCUUCAUUGAACUCCAAUACGAUAUCGACAAAUCCAUUAUAUGCAUCCAAUAACUCUGAAUCACAUAUAAAUCUUUCUGAUUUAACGAGCAAACAGAAUCUUCAGAGAUCCAAAAAUGAACUUUCUAUAUCACUUGAUGAGUUUUUACCAGGUGAUAUGGAUAACAGUAGUCCGAAUUGGCUGAAUGACACUUCAUUGAACAACGCUAAUAUUCAGUCUUUAAACAAUUCACUCAAUCAGGUGAAUCAAAGACAAAAUCACAACAAUAGUCUCAUUCACAAUAAUUCAUACAAUUCCGCUAAUAGUCAGUCUUUAGACUCAGGUUUAUUGGAUACAUUCAUGGAUCCAUCUUCUAUUUCAGGUAUAUCAAAAGCAACAUAUUUGUUACAAGAUAACAACAAUAAAAAUGGUACAGAUUCUAAGAAUGAUAUUUUAAAUUACUUCAAUGAAACAUUGAAUAUUGGGAACAAUAAUAUGUCAAAAGGUCAGGAAAUAUUACAAGGACGCGGAGAUCUUAAUGAUCUAAGUCCUGAUAGUAAUAUAGUCAAAAAUGAACUUGACGACUUGAGAAGUCUGAACAGUGUCGAAGUAAUUUCAUUAGCACCUGGUUCAUUAGAUAUUCCUGAUCCUAGCUUUUCCUCGACUUUUUUUGAUAAUAGACAAGAUACUCAAAACUCGCUACCGUUUAAUGCAACUUCAAAAGAGUCAACUAACGUUAACAAUAACCCAGUAAUAUCACUGAGUGAGAAACAGAGUAUGCAUCAGCCUACGUCACCAGAUGCCUUAUUCUCUAAUCUCAAUGAAUCGAUUAAUUAUCCAUCGCAAUCUAAUUCUAUUUCAUACGGAAAUUUGAAAUCAAAUAAUAACUUCAAUAAUACCAAUUCUCCUUAUGAUACAAAUAUUCAAACUGAUCUAGAUCAAAUAUUAUUGCAAACCACAAUCCCUACUGAAACAGAUGAUUUAUUGAAUAUUUAA